AACGAGAAGAUGAGCCGCAACUUCGUCCCCGUAGCCCUAUCCAUCGGCGCCGGAGUUCUCGGCGGUGCGUGAUGUUCUUUCCCUGCUCCCAUUCCCUGCUGCUCCCCUCCCCCCCAAAAAGAAUGCCCGGCUGUCCGACGCAUUCGCACCAGAACUAACAACUUUUGUUUGCGGGGGGGUAGGGUACUAUGUCUGGCAACCGUAUUUCAAGGAGAUGCAGCAACACCAACAGCAGCAGCAGCAGCAGCAGCAGUCGUUGAAUUCGAAAUCUACCGGUUCGGCGCUGCCUACAUCUACAACUACACUUACACCUUCGGAGGCGGUUGCUGCGUCUACGACCUCGUCUACGACGGAUUCGGGGGUGGGGAAGGCAGCGGGGCAGUGAGGGAACUUUUGGGGGUUGGUUAGAUGGACAUACGAGGUCUAUAUCACUAUAUUCGUGCCCAUGGGGCAAGGUGCAACGUGCUUGCCAUGCGUGCUGCUGGGCGGUGCGGGCGAGCACUUCUCUUAUAUGCAGUGCUCUCGCUGGGCCUGGGGGGGAGCUGGAAGAGUCCAUGGCGGGUACUGAUGGCUAUUAUGCACAGACCCGAGGUAUCGAAUACUCUGCUUGAAGGGAGGCUCCGACAUGGUUCGCCGAUGAAAAAAGCCAUCAUGUAUACUAUCAUAUCAUAUUGUAUCAUACAGUCACAUAAACAAGAAA